AUGGCAUUCAUUCUCCCUGUACAACACCUCGCACUCCAGCUAGAAAGCGUCGAAGCCGGUUUCCAGAUCAAGAAGCUACCCACCCCUCAGCCCGGCCUAGGAAGCGCCAUCAUCCGCAUCGAAGCAGCGGGGGUACUCUCUUAUCACCGCGAUGUCUAUAAUGGCGGCCGGCACUACUCAUUCCCUACACCAAUCGUUGGUGGUCUCAGCGCCAUCGGCCGCAUCGCCGCCCUAGGACCCGACGCGACUGCGUUAAAGGAAGGGCAGCUCAUCUACGUUGACUGUGUAAUUCGUGCACGAGAUGAGCCAGAUACCCUUUUCCUCUCAGCCAUCCACGAUAGUAGUGCUGAGGGAAGCAAGAAGUUGAUGCGAGACGUAUGGCGUGAUGGGACUUUUGCCGAGUUUGCCAGAUUUCCACUCGAGAACUGCAUCCCACUAGACGAGGCAAGGUUGUGUGGCAGUCUGGGCUACUCCAUUUCGGACUUGAUGUAUAUGAGCUAUCUCCUCGUUCCAUUUGGUGGCUUACGGGACAUCAAACUGGAGCCCGGAGAGACUAUCGUCGUGAGUCCGGCGACUGGUGGGUAUGGUGGGGCAGGGGUACAGGUAGCCAUUGCUAUGGGUGCAAGAGUGAUCGCCAUGGGCCGAAGUGAGGAGAAGUUGGCGAGGUUGAAAGAACACGUACUCAAUGGCUCGCCAAAUGCCCAAAUUGAAACGAUGAAGAUGACAGGGGAUGAAGCAACGGAUCUGGCGAUACUCAAAGCUUUUGGUACCAUUGAUGCCGUCUUGGACUUUACACCGCCUCAAGCAUCCAAAUCAUUGCACUUGAGGAGCGCUACGAGUGCCCUUCGCCGCAACGGGCGAGUCAGUCUGAUGGGUUUUGUCGAACAACCCGUGGUUCCUUGGACUUUAGUAGCCAACAACAUCGCCAUGAAGGGGAAGUUGAUGUAUGAGCGAACGGAUAUGAUACAUUUUGUCAAGUUGCUAGAGAGAGGGUUGUUUCCCCGCGGUAAGGCCUUCGUUGAUACCAAGGCCUUUGAAUUGAACGACUGGAAGGCUGCGCUUGAUAUAGCGGCCGAGCACACUGGAAUCGGAAAGCAGGUGGUUCUCAAUCUUUAG